AUGUCGAUGAAUGGAGUGUACAUCGUUCAGGGCGAACUGAACUCGGUGGUGACCAUUCUGCGCCGCACUUUGCUGACGAGGGACGGAGUUGUCAGCGACGAGGACCCGCUGCUACGGAGCUUCGCCGACCUUCGAGAGGUACUUAACUACGUCGUGGAUCUGGCGGAUAUGGCGCCGAGCACAUUCGUGGCACCUUUUCUGGAUGUCAUCCGCUCUGAGCACACCACUGGACCCGCAACCGGACGGGCGUUGAUCGCCAUCAACAAGUUCGUCACCUACGGUCUGUUGAAUUUCAGCAACUGCAAGGUGAACAGCGCGAUACUUCAGAUAGCCGAAGCUGUCACUCAUGCCCGCUUCGUCGGUACUGAUCCGAGCAACGACGAGGUGGUGCUCUUGCGGAUUUUACAGGUACUUAGGACAAUAAUGUUGUCACCAGUCGGUUCGUUGCUGACCGAUGAGACUGUAUGCGAAAUUCUGCAGUCCUGUUUCCGAAUAUGCUUUGAAAGUCGUCUGACAUGUCUGUUGCGGAAGGCUGCCGAGUCUUGUUUAAUCGACAUGGUCCAGCUGUUGUUCACCAGAUUGCCGACGUUUGUCGAGGAUCUGCAUCAUCCGUAUAUUCGCCGACUCAAGAUGCAGUCUACACUGAAGGACGGCAGCCAUCGGCGAAAGUCGAAGAAGAAGCCGAAGGACAUAGCGCAGCCGGCCAACUCUACGGAAGCAGAUUCCACCUCGAAGGGGAAUGAGAUGUCCCCUACGGAAGGCGGUGAUGCUUCAGUAGAGACGGCGAUCAAAGACAGUAAGCCUGAAGCGGCCGCCACCAACACCUCUGUUGGUGAGGCGGAACAGCAGAAGGUUGUAGACGUCCAUGGCGACUUCGGUUUUGUCGUUGAGGAGCAUGACCGGCUAAUGCGCAGCUACAGCGAGGCGACAGUCAGUGUGUCCAGCAUUUCCAAGGAUGAAAGCGAACGUGAAAGCCACCAGGAGCUUAGGGACGAAGGAUCUGGAGUAGUUGCUCAGUGUUCGUUGGAGGACAAAUACGAAGUGGUCGUCGUGGAUCAAUGUCCUGCUGUCCAACUGGAGUCUGAUAGCCAGUCAAACGAUGUCAGGUUCACGAUCGAUGACCAGAUGACCAGCAAACCCCCGCUGCUACCUACCAAAGAAACUCUGAACGAAAAUGAGAACAGCGACGAAACUUCUGAAGUGUCUACUCUGCCGUACGGGUUGCCGUGCGUGCGGGAGUUACUCCGCUUCCUGAUCACGUUGUGCAACCCGUGGGAGCAGCAGAACAGCGGCAGCAUGAUCGAGUUGGCUUUGAAUCUGAUCAUUGUGGCUCUCGAGGCCGGCGCAGAUCAUCUCGGCAAAUAUUCAGUGCUGUUGCCGAUGGUACAAAACGAACUCUGUCGAAACAUAAUCAGUCUUCUCGGCACCAGCCAGGUGACGCUGCUGUCGUUAACGCUCAGGGCUGGUUUUCUCAUAUUUGAGGCUCUUCGCACGUAUCUAAAAUUCCAGCUCGAGAUGUACCUUUUGCGGCUGAUGGCUCUGGCGGUCGCCGACAUGCAGGCGCUACACAACAUGUCAUCCUCCGUACAAUAUCAUCCCAUUUCAGAGGUGCAGUAG